AUGGGGGUGGAGCAAGCAGGCAUGGAAAAAUGGCUAACAAGUGACAGCAAUAAGAAUGAGAUGGAAGACAGUAAUCAGAAAGAGAUAGAUGAAAAAAACAAAGUCGAGGGUGGCAACGAUACCGACGGAAGUGAGGAGGAGGAACUUAACGCAACGAUAGUGGAAAAAACAGGAAAUGACAGUGACAAAAUAAAGGACAGUAAUGAAGGACAGCCAGAAAUUAAAAGAACAAAUGGGGAAGACAAAAUGGAUAGAAAAGAAGAAAGUGAAGAUGGGAUAGACUGGAAAGAAAGUCUCAAAAAAAUAGAAAAAUAUAUAUUGGGAAACCUAGGAAAACUUAUCUGCAAAGAUAUGGAAGAGAAAAGUGCAAUUGUGUCAGCGGAACUUAAAGCAGUACAAUACAGUUUAAAAAAAGGGCUGGAAACAAUAACAGGUGGCGCGUGCUCCAAAUGCCAAGCGUAUCAAAGUGAGGCAAAAAUGUACCAAAGCGAGGCAAAAGAAAGGAGACAAAAACUAGAAGAGGAAAGAAGAUGUUGGAGAAAAGAGAGAAAUGAUUUAAUAAGGAGACGAUGGGAAGCAGAAAGUGAGAGGGAAGAGAUGAAAAGAAGAAUAGAGAAAGAGCGAGAGCAGAGGGACGAUUGUAGAAAUCAACAGAACAGUGAUGGUCAACGUACAGAGCGGGUUUAUAAUAACGAAGAUUACGUGCCAGAAAGAUGGGACGAAGUGCACACAGACAGAAGAAGACUUGAUGGAGAGCAAAGGCAGAGGGACCUAAGCAACGGACAACCGCUACGCACAGACGCAAACAACAACAGACAACCGCUCCGCGCAGACGCAAGCAACAACCCGCAGCAGAGUGCUACAAAACAGGGUGCAAGCCAACUCGAGAUAGGUACAGCUGCGCACAGCCAAGACGACAACGGAGAUGGAAAAAAGAGAGCGACGGACAAAGAAGGUACUAAAGGUGGCGGCGGGAAGACGUCAAAAAAUCACAGCUGGGAGCAACCCAAAAAGCUGAGCAUGAAUGACUUCAUUGAGGAAAUAGCAAAAAGAAGGAAGAGGAGAAACAAUAUAUGUAUAAGACACAAGUGCGCAGACAGCAAACAAGCGGUAAGACAAAUAGAGGAGAAACUCCAGGUAAAUUUAAGUAAUAAAAAAUUUAACAUCUACUCAGAAAAUCUAUUAAUGGUGUAUUGUGAGAGUUUUGCAGAAAAAAUUGAUUUUAUGAAAAACAGAGGGAACCUGAAAGGUUCAGACAUAUUUUUAGAUGACGAUCUAACAACAAGAGAGCAAGAGGUAAACGCAUGGCUCAGAAAUGUAGAGCAGAUACAACGGGAAAAAGGAGCAUCUACGAGGAGAAGCUAUAUGAAAAUCUGCAUCGACGGAAGGUGGGAACAGUGGAAUGAAAAAACAGGGGAGCUAGAAGUGGUAAAGAACAGAAACUAA